UGCAGACAGGCAAAAUCAAAACAGUGCAAAAUUUUGCAGGUGUUGCAGUGACACUUUGACCUAUAAUAGUAGUGGCAUCGUUAAUUCAUUCUACUGCAGGCGCACACUUUUCCGUGCAGGACUCGUUGUGAUUCCUGGAUGUUUUAAAAAAACAGCCAUGGAUCCUCUUUUCGUGUGUCUUCGGCUGUUUGAUAUGCGCAAGUACGAUGACGUCAACAAAAUCACCACAGCUCUCCUGGAGAGGAACCCCCAGGACGAAGCAGCCUGGACCCUGAAGAUGCGUGCCCUUACCCAGCAAGUGUACAUUGACGAGUACGAAAUGGAGUACGAUGGCGCUGUGGAUCAGCUGAUGGAUGAAAGCGCCAUGGCCGCCAAUCCCAAACCAGGCACUUCGCUGCGCCAGACAGCCAAGCCUGGACCGGGAGCCGGAGCCCGACCGAUGUCGCGACGCACGGGUCGACCUGUCAGCGGAAUGCUGCGACCGUCCAGUCGCACGGUAACAGGGCUGGGUAAAGUGACCACCGGCAGGGCGGUGAGUGGUCAGCCGUUGAGUGCGAAAAUUGGCCGGAUGCUCAGACAAGGUACGGCAUCCAUGAUUACAUCGCCUAACGGUCCAUUUAUAAAUCUUUCCCGACUGAACCUCACUAAAUACUCACAGAAGAAGUACCUCGCGAAGGCGCUGUUUGAGUAUAUUUUCUAUCACGAUCAUGAAACAUCGAUGGGUCUGCAGAUGGCUAAUGAGGGUGUUCAAGUGGAUGAUAAAGACUGGUGGUGGCAUCGAGCACGUGCGCUCUGUCAUUAUCGACUGGCCCUGUAUCGAGAAGCGGAAAAGGACAUUCGAGAAGCCAUGAAACUCCAAGCACAUCCUGAACACUUCCUAUAUCUGGCAAAGAUUUAUGCGAAGAUUGAUCUGCCCAUACAGGCUAUCGAAACCUAUAAGAGUGGUCGGCUGACAUUUCCCAUGGAACCAGCCAUGCUAAUCGGUGCCGCCAGGAUACUGGAAGAUAUGGAUGACUUAACCAAUUCCAGUCUCUACUACCGCGAUGCCCUGAAAAUCGAUGCAAUGAAUUUUGAGGCGCUGGCAUGCGUCGGGAUGGAGAAUUACUAUGCGGAUCAGCCAGAGCUCGCUCUGCGUUAUUACAGGAGAAUCUUGCAAAUGGGUGCCCACAGCCCGGAGGUUUUCAUCAACGUUGGAAUGUGCUGCUUUGUCAGUCACCAGAUGGACUUGAUGUGGCAAGCUUUCGAAAGCACUUUCGCCAUGGCCAAUAAAGAUCAGCUGGGCGAUUUGUAUUACAAUCUGGGAUAUAUCUGCAUAUGCAGUGGCGAAAUGGAAUACGCCAAGCGAUGCUUCCGGCUUGCUGUAUCCUGCAGUCCCAGCAAUGCGGAGGCUUUGGCGGCAUUAGGUCAACUAGCCUAUAAUGAGGGAGACCGUCAAAAGGCAGUUACCUUGUUCAACGCCAGCAUUACAGCUUCAACCAAAGAAGAUGCAUCGCAUGAAAUAUUUUACAACCUCAGUAUCUGCUACGAAGAUCUGGGCGAUUUCGACAACGCGUUGAAAAACGCUAUCCUGGCUCACGAUAAUCCAAGCGGUCUGGGCCAGUGGGACAAGGAUAUUAAAGAUGUACUUUUUCGCUUGCAGGCAGAAGUCAACGCUUUAUGAAAUACCUACGUAUAUUUUGUAGUUUUACUUAGUUGUAAAUUGAAUACGACUCGAUGGAUUAACAAACGAUGCAUGAGUUCUAGAGAUCGAUCGUUUUCUGUGGGAUG